AUGGGUCAGAGAUUGAACCAUGGCGAGGAGACAAAGGUGCUAAGCAAACUCGGAAUCAACGAGUCGUACCAACUGGCAAUGUAUCUCCUGGACCAGUACCGUGGCACUGUUCUCUCUUGUCGCUAUGAAAUUCCACCGCGUCUUGCAUCGGCAGAGUCGCGGACCCAAUUGGAGGAGUCAGUCAAGGUCGCUGUCGUGGACACCAUCAUGCGACAUCCCAUGAUGCAGGUCGGCAUGAAAGAUGCCACUUCCAAGGCCCCCUCGUGGAUCCAGCUGCACAGUCUCGACUUGACGCAACAUAUAAAAUGGAUUUACAUCGAAGAGCAUGACGACUUUGAACAAACAGUACAGGAAACCUUUCGCGCUAAGAUCGACGAACGAUUUCCAGACCUUUCUAUUAAGCAGCCGGGCUGGUGGGUUACCGUGAUUCGGCAAGGGGAUGCUCCUAUGAUGGAAGUCCUACUGUCAUGGAAUCACCCCCAAUUCGACGGUGCUGGCGCCAAGGUAUUCCACGAAGACGUUCUCGAGAUACUCAAUGUUGAGAAUGGGACAAACGAGCGGACGGGCUUGGAUGGCGAUAUCCUGAAACUACCUCAGGCCCCUCCUUUGCUUCCAAUCCCAAUUGAGCGCUCGAAGGGUCUUCCAGUAGACCCCAAAUACCUCGCCAAAGUAUUUUGGGAGGACGUUCGGCCCAGUUUUCUCAACCGGGACGCAUCCUUGGCAGCCUGGUGCCCGAUCCGCACCUCUCCGUACAAGACCCAGUUCCGGGCCUUCUUCAUGGACCAGGAGUCUCUAUCUGCGGUGCUCGCCCUCUGCCGGAAGAAUAAGACCACCAUCACCGGCCUGAUCCACGGAUUGGCGCUUAUUGCCUUCUCCUCGCACCUCAACAGCACGGGUGCCGCCGCUUUUCAGAGCUCCACCAUCAUGGACCACCGCCGGAAUCUGCCUCCGGCCCCACCAGACGCUCCAUGGGGUAAACCUGACAGGGCGGUGGCGAAUUACGUGACCCAGGCGUUCCACAGAUACGGCACCAGGACGGUGGCGCGAAUCCGCUCCAAGCUGCCGGCCGACGCCAGCGAGGGGGCAGACCUGUCCGCCGACCUCCAGCGCGACCUCUGGGCCGCGUCGGCACGGAGCCGGCAGGACAUCGUGCGCAGGCUGGAGGCCGGGCUGCGCAACGACCUGGUCGGGGUGUUCAAGUACGUCACGGACUGGCAGAAGACGAUGAGCGAGCAGGCGAGGAAGAAGCGCCAGUUCUCGUGGCUGGUGACCAACAUCGGCGUGCUGGAGGGCGGCAACACGCCAGCAGCGCCGGACACAGCCACCGCGAAACAGUCGCCGACCGACAGCGACAGCAAGCCCGACGACGCCCAGAAGUGGUCGAUCGGCCGGGCGCAGUUCGGCCUCAGCGCUGAGAUCCCCGCUGCCGCCAUCGAGUUUUCCCCGGUCAGUGUCGCCGGCCGGGGGAUGUGUGUUAGCGCUAGCUGGCCGGACUGCGCCGUCGAUUCGAUGCUAGGGGAGCGUAUCAUGGCUGAUAUGGAAAGGUGGCUGGCCCAACUUGCGAGUCAGCCCUGA